AUUGUACCGACACCUUUAUCUGCGCCGCCGCCCUUCGAGACUUGAAUAAAAUAUCAGGCGCACAGCACAAGAUGGCGAGUCUUCUCAAUUUCGGCGUGAUCGGAACCAACUGGAUCACCAACAGCUUCGUGCAAUCGGCCCACGAAAGCAAGAAAUUCAAGCUCGUGGCUGUGUACUCUCGAAGACUUGAGGCAGCACAGAAAUUCGUUUCAGAGACUCCCUCCAUCUCCGAUGCGUCCUCCGUGAAAACUUACGAGGAUCUCGACGCACUGCUAUCGGACAAAUCACUUGACGUGGUGUACAUCGCUUCCCCGAAUUCCCUGCAUUACGCCCAAGGCAUCAAGGCCCUGAAUGCCGGCAAGCAUGUCAUCGUGGAGAAGCCUUUCGCCUCCAAUCUCAAAGAGUUUGACGAGCUUUGCAAGCUGGCAGACUCCAAGGGCCUCUUCGUGCUUGAGGCAUAUCGGCACAUCCAGGAGCCGAACUUCCUUAAGCUCCAGGCCCUCCUGAACGACCCUGUGAAGAAAGCAGAGAAGUUUGGGCCAAUAUACGGAGCAAGUGUCAACAUGGCAGUGUACUCUUCCCGCUAUGCCAAGGUCCUGGAGGGCGAGGAACCCAACGUGCUCUCGCCCAAGUUCUCGGGCGGGAGCCUCUGGGACAUGGGAUGCUACCCAAUCAUGUUCACACUCGCCCUGUUUGGCAAGCCUGUGUCGCAGGCAUAUCAUCCAGUCAUUAUUCGCACUGGCGUUGAUGGCGGGGGCCACAUUAUCAUGAGCUAUUCUGCCGAGGCGUCGAAGCAGAAGGAGAAGUUCACUGUCCACGCUCAUACAAGCAAGAUUUACACCUCGACCGCGCCCACCGAGAUCUAUUGUGAGAAGGGCACAAUCCGGGUCAACGGGGCAACAGGCGUUACGGACAUCAACACUAUAGAGUUUGUGCCUAGUGGUUCCAAGGAUGCCGAGCAGUUGGCUGACACAAACCCCGAGUAUACGGGCAUGCUGAAUCUGACGUGGGAGGCGAAGGAGCUGGGACGGAUCGUGUCUGAGAACGAUAGAGAGGCAGAGAGCGCCUUGAGGAGUUUAAGUCGGGAUGUCCUGGAGACCAUGGAGGAUUUGAGAAGGCAGAAUGGUAUUGUGUUUGCCAGUGAGCAGUAAGGACGAAGUUUUGGGGAUAUUCCAGUCUAAAUUAGACCAAAUACCGAUUGAUCAUCAUGUUCUG